GGGCGCUGCCGUGAGCGGGCCCGGCGGCUCCUUGCGAAGCGUGGAAGGAAAAACUAACCCCCCCCCCCCCCCAAAAAAAAAAAAAAAAGAGAGGGAAGUUUGGUAUUUAUUUAUUAUUAUUAUUAAGGUUUUGGGAAGGGGGGUCCCCGACCGCCCUCCCCCCCCCCCACCCCAGCCCAGCCGCUCGGCACAUGCGGGUGCGUGCGUGUGCCGAACCCCUCGCCGGCUCUGUACCAUGCUGAAGGUCCUCACCAAAAAGCUCAGGAGCCAGACUCUGAACGAAAUCCAGCCCUUCCAGCUAAAGAUCUCCUACCCCCCAAGUGAUGAGGACAGCGACGACUCUGAGGGAGAGAACCAGGAACUUGUUCAGAUCGACAGAGAGAGAAGAAGGAACUGUACCUUGACCCCUCUGGCCACCAACCAGCUCCAGAAUCAGGAGAACCAAUGCUGCAAGGUGCGGGCCCUUUUCCAUGCCAGCCUGGAUCGCCACAGCUCAGAAGAGGAGCUGGAGCGCAUCAACCGAGAGUUUGCUGCUGAGAAGAGGAAGUGGUCCCAGGUCAGCAGGCUUGCCUGCUGCAGUGACAGCAACAACACCUCCUCCAGUGACGAAGAAGUGAAGAACUUGUGCGCCAUGUCCUUCAAGCCGGUCGCAGAGCAGGCUGAUGGCCUGCACGCCAGCCCGAGCCCCGUGCUGUUCAGUGCCUCCCCUCCCAAGAGACUCCAGCCUCUGGUGCGGAGCCCGGCCUCUAGACCUUUAAUCUUCACGAGCGUUGGGGCAGGCCUUGAGCAAGUCAUGCCGUGUAAGAGACAUCGGCAGGGAUACGGGGAUAAGGUCCGCAGGCCCAGCCUUGACCUGGAAAAAAUGCAGCAGAGCAUCAACGGAGGCCGCCCGCCACCCCACUUUGUGUAUGAUCCAUCCACCUUUGCCUUCCGUUCCCUCAGCACCUUGAAGCCUCUGAGCCCGAUAGCUCCAGUGGAAGAACCGUCAUGUGCCUACUGAAGGAAUUUCUCCAAAAACCUCAGGAACUAUCAACCAACCGCCUGCCGGGCAGUGAGAAGGGACGUGGUGAUGCCCAGGGGGGUUGGGUGGGGGGAGAAGGGGGCAAUGACACAUCUUUGCAAUACAGUCUGGCAGCAGGAAACAUACGGCUUUGCAGCAGUGACUGGUUUCAUACCAUUGCCACUUCUGAAUAUUGGCAGUUGGAGAGAUUUUGUCUUUCAAGGGCAAAAUGAGACAGGUUCACAAACUGCAAGGGCAGCCACUGAGGCAAGCACAUGGAUGUGGUGUAGUUGAAGAUAUCCCUGAGUGGUUCAGGGGCUAGUGUAGUCCACAUGGCGGUUGUGAUAAGUGAUCAGGUUGUGACACCAAGUCCAGUCAAUUUUCCAAGAGUACUUGGAUCUACAGUGCUUUGGUGUAGACCUGACCCUUCUCCCAGUCAGAAAUGAACUCAGGAUUGGAGACAGAGGCUAUACAGGGCUGCCUGCAAAGCAAGAAGAUAUCUCUCUGAGAUUAUGGUCACAUUCACCUCAAGCUCUCUUGAGUGGAAGACUCCAGGAGAGGGAUGUGGGACAGGGUAACUGGAAAAUGUACUUACAUGUUUCAGUUGCUCUACUGGCAACUCAGUAAUAUCUAAAAUAGGAUUUAAAUGGGAGGAAAUUGUAGAAUGGGGUCUAGAAUAAGAUUACAGAAUGGAGGGUCCGUGUUCAGCCAUCCAGAGGUAAAGAAUGUCCACCUUCAGUCUUCUCUUGGUAUCACCAGGGAGAAGUGGUGGAGUGAUCUGUGUGCUCUUGGGUCUCCUCUCUGUUGAGGCUGUCUGUGUUUUGUGUAAUGCAGCAUUUGUCCAUGCCAUUGUCCCAAUACUCUGCUGCACCUGUGGUGAUGCUGAAGGCAACUGACAUCACCAAACUCAACCAAAUCAAAUGUGUCCAGCAAGUUUUCCCCUCCCCUGAUAGGCUGGCUAUUAAAUUCAGAUAGACCCCCCCCCCCCUUCUGUACCAGUGGAGUGAGUAUUCCCAGAUGUAGCAUGGAGUGGGAGGAAGGGGUCUUUGUUUUGUGGUCACCUGUUGGUGGAAGAACCAGGAGGGGAUUUUGAAUGAAACUGAGGGACAGUUCUCCAUGGACAGUCCUACAGGAGUUAGGACAGUGCUCGGCCUUUUUACCACUGGAGAUUGUCUGGGGUCUGCCCUUGAGGCACGUGGGUGCUUUGUGCUAUGAGGCAGCAGCAGCUAAUGGGAGAAGCUCUUACCUGUCAUGGUGAUGCAGAGGAACAAAACAUUUCCUCUUGCAGCAUCAGGUAAGUCUUCAUUGCCAGCACCUGGUGAAGAGAGUAACCUCUUUGUUUAGGCAUUCCCCACCUUGAGCCUGUAUCUGGCUGGGUGCAAGUAAUUUACUUGUCUGGAUCAAGAGGAGCAACUCUGAGUAAUAUAAGAUCCAUUUUAGUUUUAGAUCUGUUCCACUGUGAAGGUUUUUGAUGCCACUCUUUGGAUGAGACCAGUGGUCAGUCUAGCUUCGAGUAGGAGGCCACAGAGCAAACCAGCAUGCAUGGUACUUUCUGGGCCCUUCACUGAGACAACUGGGAAAAAGCCUGAAGGCCACCAAGGCCUGGGGACCUGAAUCCCCCACCACUGCCCUCCUCCCUCCCCAGGCAGAGCGGCUGGGCCAGGCGGUGAGGGGAUGGCUGUCCCAAGGCUGCCAAAGCUCUGCCUGCUCCUUGGCCCUAGGCCAUCACAGCUAGGCCACUGCUAGGACUGCUUGGGUUGGCUGGUGAGGUGCCUCAGGCAGAGUGCUGUGGUUCCCUGCAAAAGUCCCUUCUUCCGACACAGGCCCAUUCCUCUACUCAUUCCUCCCAUUCCUCUAGAGACUCUGCUUAUCUUGUUUUGAUGGCACACCUCAGCUUUUUAUCUGCUGCCAGAUGGAGCUAGCCAGGGCAGGACGGGAAGCAUCACCACCUCAAACCAAACCCCCGUGCUCAUGGGAAGGGGCAGCUGCAGCCUGCUACCCAUCUGAAGAGGUGCGUUCCCUGUGCAGACGGUCAGGGCAGCAGCACCCAUGGCCCCGUGAUCUCUGGCUUUCCUCAGCGCUGCUGAAAUGGGAGCUGCUGAAGUGCUCGGCCCUGGAGCUGUGUUCUGCUGGUCCCCGGAUGCUGCAGGCUGCCUUCCCUGGGGGGCCCAUGGGUGGGAACGGGGAUGUCCUGCCAAUAUUGUUGCCUUUUAGUACUUUUGUAACUUUUCUCUGUCUCUUCUUUUUCAAUCAGAAGGAAAAAUAAAAAUAAUGAAAUAAAGCGUAACAGCUGCUAUAUUCACA